AUGUUUACUCUUUUCUUCUUUGAAAGUGGUUUUCAGGAGUCUCCAAGCCAGUUUUCAACAUGGGAAAAUGCGUGGGAGCAUUAUGUGCCAGAUCGCCUUGACCCUCUUAUUCGAGACGUAAUCGCUGACCUUCACCUUAGAACUCCCACUCAAAUUCAGACGCAGUGUCUACAAGCGUUUCCAUCUCGCUACCACCUUUUUAUUGCAGCUGAAACGGGCUCAGGCAAGACAGUCGCUUAUGCUGCUCCCCUACUCAGUAAAUUAUUACAGAGUAAACGGAAGGGGAUCGCCGAGAAAGCUGUUGUUCUUUCCGUAACUGCGCCGCUGAAAGAGCAAACAUUUAAGACUCUUUCCAAGCUGGCAUCCAAAACUGAUUUGAGGAUUUCGAUGUGUUCAACAGACGCCUGCUGUUCGGAUGACUUCGACGUUCUUGUGGGUACUCCUGGUCUGGUGGAGCAAACUCUUCGGAGACGUGGAAUUUCAUCGGAUGUUAAGCAUAUAGUUUUGGAUGAAGCUGACAUGAUCCUUGAUGAAAGUUUUACCGAAGUUCUCACGGAGAUCUUUGCUUUGGUACCUGUCUCCAAUUCGGUCACGAACACACGUACCAAUCAAGAUGGUGCUGCUCGUGUCAUAUUUUGCUCUGCCUCCUGUUCUGAAGAGCUGGAGUGUCUUGCGGAUGGUGUAGUCGACCGUCAGCAUCUUCGCUACAUUAAAAGUCCCAAAUUGCAUUUCUUAUCCAGUAAUGUAGAACUGAAGUUUAUUCGAGUUAGGGAAAAAGACAAAAUAACGCGACUGAUAAGUUUGCUCUCAGACGACUUGAAACGAGGUGAACUUAACCAAACAAUGAUCUUCUGCAAGGACCGCGCAACAGCUUCCUUUGUUCAUCAUCAAUUGCAUACUUUUUCCCCCCAAUCCACCCUGUGGAAACCAAAUACGGCUUUCGACUCGACUUCGAGGAUUUUUGUUGCGACGGAUAUGGCAGCUAGAGGGAUCGAUCUUCCGCGACUCAGCCAUGUGAUCAACUAUGAUCUCUCGCGACACACUUUCGACUUCCUCCAUAGAAUAGGAAGGGUUGGUCGACUUAGCUCAUCCUUUCUUGGUAGAGUUACUUCAUUCGUACGCACACCCAGCGAAGUCCGGCUAACCAAUGUUAUCGAGUUGGCCGCUCGUCUUGGUCGACCGCUAUCACAAAUUGAAGCAGAUAUCUUUGCUCAAAGGCACAGAAUACAAGACAAGGACGAUCAGAGAUUAUUAUCUCAUUCGACGAUAUGA